AUGGGCCGGCAUCUACGCCCGGAUCGUUUUGACACUGAUCCCAACUCUCCAAAUGGUGCCGAUGCCUGGGAACACUGGUAUUAUACGUUCACUCAUUUCCUAGGACUUGUGGAAGAGCGUAAACCAGACAAACUCAAAACUCGCAUGCACUUUUUGUCGCCUACUGUUUACAAAUUCGUUUCACGAUGCACUGAUAAUGACUCUGCCAUUACGACGCUUCAAUCCCUAUAUAUGCAAACGAAGAACGAGAUUUUCGCGCGCCAUCUUCUGGCGACCUCAAAACAGAGUGCCAUUGAAACUCUGGAUCAAUUCAUGCAGAAGCUCAGAAACCUUGCUCGAGACUGCAAUUUUAAAGCGGUCAGUGCGAAACAAAACGAGGAGGACGCCAUACGUGACGCGUUUAUCAACGGGUUAUUAUCAAACCCCAUUCGUCAGCGGCUUCUUGAAAAUAAAACACUCGAUGUGAGUACCGCUUAUGACCAGGCCAAAGCUCUCGAUCUAGCUCAACAGCAGUCUCAAACAUUCGCCCAAGUCACUCCUUCAAUCUGCGCUGCCGCUGCAAGCACCCUGGAUCAGACACCUGAGACGACGUUGGCUACGUCUCGAACAAGCUGCUUCUUUUGUGGUUAUGAUCGACAUCCUUGUCACAUGUCCUGCGGAAGAUGCAACUUGCAAGUCAUGUGGCAAACGGGGACAUUUCCAGAAAGUUUACCGGGCUCCUGCCAACUCAAAGCAUACCGCAGCUACCUCGCCGUUCCCCGUCUCCUCCAUCAGUGCAGCGGCUGCCCCUGCGAAUCUUACUAA